AUGUUUGGUGCGAACUCAGGUGGUAACCUUCUUUUUAAUGGUGUUAACACUUCAACACCAACAUCUACUCCAGCACCUGCAAACAAUGCCUUUACACUAAAACAAAAACCUAAUGGUAAUGUGUUCGGUAAUAUAGCAAGUAAUCAAGAAAAUAUAUCUUCCCCAAGUCCUGCAGGUGCAAUUGUCGAUAAUACAAAACCUACCAACACUGGGGGUUUGUUUGGUCAAACUGCGUCCUCGGGAUCGAAUUUGAAUAGUGGGAACUUAUUUUCUUUUGCUAAUAAUACUAAUACUACUACUACUAAUAAUAAUGCAGCAACUGGAACUAACUCAGGAGGACUGUUUGGAAAUUCUACGAACACUACGUCAACUAUUGCACCAAAUAAUAACACUACCAAUUUAUUUGGAGGCAAUACAACAACUGCGCAAUCAACCAAUACAAAUUUUUUUGGUAAUAAAAAUACAUCUACACAACCAUUUACCAAUAUGUUUGGUAAUAAAACAAACUCUAUGCAAAAUUCGACGGGCCUGUUCGGAAGUAGUAAUAAUGAAAACUCUAGCAGUAGUGGUUUAUUUGGUAACAAUUCUUCCUCUACUGGUGGGCUUUUUGGAAAUAAAACAACUGAAUCUCAAAAUCCAAGUAAUCUACUUGGAAACAAGCUUGGCUUCUCAUUAGGUAGCGCAUCACAGUCUCAAGGGAACGCUGCGCAGUCCCAGCAAAUGUCACAACCAUCUUUAUCCUCCAAUCCGUAUGGUUUGCAACUCAAUUCUGUUCCUGUAACAACAAUGCCUGAGUCAAUAACAGCAUCCAUGCAAGUUAAAAAGCAGAAAGAUCUUUCUCUGCCUAUGGACAAGAAGCGAGCGCUAUCAACGUCUAACGUUGUUACAGGUCCACUUGUCAGCAAUCAAUCCACAUUAAUAAGCAAGUUGAGCUCGCGACUGAAUUAUAUCAACAGUAGGGAGGCCACACAUGGCUUGUUUUCACCCUCUCGUAAGGUUUUGCAUCAAGUUACUUCUGAAGCUACAAACCGUGUAAAGGAUUCCAAAUCAUCUAAUUCCAACAUUUCCACCUUAUAUCAGGGUAAGCAGUUCCUUGGGACGCUGAAACAUAAUGAUCCUUCUGACAUGCGUAAACUUAAGAUUGACACCAACCGUAGCGCUGCCAAAAAGCAGCGUUUACUGGGUGGUAAAAGUAUGACAACCAAGUUUAAGGAUAUGGAAGAGUUGAAAUCCAAUACCGAGACAUCUAGUACUGUGGCGAAACUGGCUAAGACUGAAAGAAUGCAACUAGAGCCUAGUCAGAAGGAUGUUUCGGAAAGUGCUUCACCAAUUCUUUCACCUUCCGCUGACGAAUACUGGUGCUCACCUACAAUUGAGCAGCUACAACAGUUACCGGUUAAACAGUUGACUGCUGUUCCUAAUUUUGUGAUCGGUCGCAAAGGGUAUGGGACGAUUUCUUUUGACUUGGACGUCGAUUUAUCCGCAUUUAGAGAUGAUUUCAAAAGACACUUAUUUGGUGGUGUAAUUAUAUUCAACGAGAAUAAGACCGUUGAAGUAUACCCCGAUGAUUCAAUGAAGCCAGCAAUUGGUUUAGGGUUGAAUGUUCCAUCAACAAUAUCACUUGAACGUAUUUAUCCAGUUGACAAGAAGACAAACAAGCUUUUUACAGAUAAUUCGGACUUCACAAAGGUUCAGCUAUUCGUGAAGAAAUUAAAAAGCAUGAGGGAUAUGGACUUUAUAUCUUAUAAUCCAUAUGACGGAAUUUGGACAUUCAAGGUUAAACAUUUUAGUAUUUGGGGACUAAUAAAUGAUUCCGAUACCGAUGGCAAUGACGAAGCAAUGGAUGUUACAUCUCCAGAAGAAAUCAAUCAAAGGAUUGUUGCAAUUCCAAGGCGGCCUGGUUUUAGUAAAAAAUCUGAAUCCAGUGUCCCAGGGGCAUUUGACGCAAUUGUACAUAUUCCCUCGAACGUUGAAAAUCAAGAAUCUGCUUGCACUCAAGAUGAAUUAUCUGUAAAUCGCAUAUCAUUGGACACUAAUAUUCAGGAAAAUUUUGAUGUUAUGUCAGACAUUAUAGAGGAAAAGCCUUAUGAGCCUUCUGAAGUUGAAGAAGAUGAUUUAGAGGGCCUAAUUGUUGAACCUAGUCUAGCCACCGCUGAAGACUGGUCAGAACAAUUAAAGCUUGCGGGUGAUGCUUAUAAGUCUGUCUUCGCUCCAGCUACUACUUUAACGAAGGUGAACAAUGUUUCCGAUAUUCUAUUCCAUUCGUUCCAGUCAGAUAUGGAAAAUUAUAAAUCAAUUGUGAAGAUAAGAAAGUUGGAUUCCAAUCCAAAUUUUGUUAGAUUUUGCAAUGAAACCUCGCUGCUGAUGAAGUCUAACAUAAAGAGCGCUGGUUGGCAGAGAUAUAUCUUAAAGUCUACAUUGCACACUUACAAAUCCUCAAUGGACGAAGUAUUUAAAAAGUCUUUAACCACUGCACUUGUGGGGCAGAGGAGCAACAGAUAUCCAAUCGUAAUGGACUGGUCAUUGAACUUCAAGGAUAUUGCAGAGGCAUAUAGUAAGGUCAAUGAAGAAUACAGAGUUUGGAACCUAGCAUCAAUCUUAUUUGAUCCUAUAGAGGAAGAAGUUACUGAAGAAAGCGUGAAGGAAGUUCUUUCAAAGAAACAAAGACAUCAAUCUCUCUGUAGUUGGAUUAUCAAUGAAAUCGGACCAGAAAUUGAGAGUAAAUUGAAAGAUGUCAGUGGUCUAUACAAAAUAUUUUUAUACCUGGUUAAAAGGGAUAUUGUUGGUGCUACUGCUGAAGCGAUUGCAACCAAAAACAACCAUUUGGCAGCAAUGAUAACAAUGCUGGGAUCCAAUGAUCCCCUCGUGUGUGACCUAGCUGCGUCGCAGUUGAAUAAGUGGAAAUCUUUGGGCAGUAAAGUUGACCAAAAUGUGGUAAAGAUAUAUCAGCUAUUAACUGGGUCUCCAUUAGACGUAAUCCAUUGCGUUAACACAGCUGAUGGGUUUUCAUGGUUGGCAACAUUGGGAUUACAUAUUUUUUACGGUAACGUUGAUUCUUUGUCGUUAGAGGAGCUUAUAUCAUUGGGAUUGGAUAAAAUCUCAGAUGUAGAACAAUCUGCUAAUGAUGACGUAAUUUCAGCCAUAUUAAAGUUAUACUGUUCGAAAAGUGAUCCAGAAAGCUUGAUUGGUCAACUAAGAAUUUCCAGAGAGUUACUUGAUGUUCGGUUGCCUUGGUUUUUUAUUCAGCUAUUGAAGCGAUGCGAUAUAGCGGUAGAACUUUGUGAUCGUAUAACUCUUCAAUUUGUGGAACAGCUCAAGAUUGACAAUAUGUAUCAAGAGGCGCUGUUUGUGCUGUGUUUUCUGCAUGAUAAUAAAGUUGCCAAGCAGCAGUUUGAUCAUUUAGUAAGUUCGCAGGUUACCCUUUUUUCCACCGAAACCAGUCAGGCACUUUUAUCACGGCUUCAGGUACCAGAGGACAUUUACUAUGAAUUCCUGGCCGUGUACAAUAAAUAUAAUAAGGACCAUCUUUCAGAGGCUACAAACUUGUUGAGGGCUAAGAAGUUCCCUGACGCCGAGGAAGUGGUGAUCAUAAAUGUAGCUCCUAAACUGAUAUUAAAUGGAUCCCAUGAAGAAUUGGUUACGUUGCGCGAAUUAUUAAAACAGUUUCCCUCUCAUGAGAUGGACUCAUGGCCGAAAGGCCUCGGUGUAUUUGAAAAAUACCUAGAAAAUACUUUGGAUGGCAAUGAUGACCAGAAAUUACUGGAACAACUUGUGCACGGAUUGCCUAUCCUUUUUGAUGAAUACGCUUCGUAUCGAGAUGUGUCUGUUUUGUGCUGCGUUAUAUCUAAGAGAGUCUGUCAUAUAUUCUUAGAGAAGUAUAAAGAAGCUCUAGCAGCUCCUGUACUAAUAGACCGUCUACUUGCGCUACCACUUGGUCAACCAGAAAAAUUAUAUUUACGGCGCUCACUACCAACUCAUUAG